AUGAACUUUCUCGCGAGGUUACUCAAUCUCUUGAAAAAGAUCCCAAUAUGGAUUUACGUGUUUCUCGUGCUUGCAAUCGUGCUCGAGUUGGUCUACACGAUAGCAAUUUUAAAACUUGGAAAAGCCCUUUCCUACAAUGAUGGGAAAUUCUUGUUUCACUCGUUCGCCGUGGUGAACAUGCAGUUGCUAAUGUUCCUUGGGACGAUUUACAUCUACUAUCGAUUUGCGGCCGCUUUUCCUGUCAAGAAACGGGAUACUUUGUGGAUUGCUUUGGGAGUGUUUGUCAGGAUAUUUUUGGUAUCGUUAUUGCUCUUUGCGCACGCUUCUUCGAUUUUCUAUAUGAGUCCUCUCCCGUCCGAAGUCUCUCCUUGGGCGUAUAUCUCGAUGACAGCUCUCGCUGCAUGGAUUCAUCUCAUUCUCUUCUUCAUUUUUACUGAUCUCAUCUUGCUUGUGAUCUAUCUAAUUCUGAAAAUCCGAGGGAAAGUUACGAUCUUCGGAGUAAAUGGUUUCUUCAUGAAUCAUCGAUUAAAACAAGUGUUCAUUGUGCUUGCAUUGACGAUCGCUUUCUUGGCAUUCGGACUCUAUAGAACGCUAACUCCUCCGAAAGUUGUGAGAGAAACAGUUGUUACUGAGAAAAUGAAACCUGGAUCAGAGUUGAAAAUCGUCUUGCUAACCGAUAUUCACAUUGGACCGAGUGUCGGGAAGAGUCGGGUGGAGCAAAUUGUGAACGAUGUGAAUCAAUUAGAACCAGACAUUGUUGCCAUUGCUGGUGAUCUGGCUGACGGUUAUGUGAAAGACUUGGGUGAAGCGGCAAGUCCUUUCUGCUCUCUGACACCAAAACUUGGAGUCUAUUUUGCAACAGGAAACCAUGAAUACUUUCAUGGCGAAGUCGAUGAGUGGUUUGUUUGGUUGAAAGCGUGCAAUAUCACCGUUCUCCACAACGAGAAUCGACGCCUUGAUACAGGAAACGGGAACUCGAUUUGCAUUGCCGGAGUCGACGACUAUAUCACUUUGAAAAUCCAUCAUCCUGGCCACAAAAUGAAUCCAAAGCAAGCAUUGAGUGGCUGCAAAAAGGAGGAUCUCGUCGUUCUCUUGGCUCAUCAACCAAAUGCCGAUGAUAUGAUUUUGACCGAUGAUCAGAUUAAUGGGAAUUUGGAUGUGAUUCUUUCAGGUCACACCCACAACGGGCAGUUCAUCUUCUUCUGGCCGUUGACUGAGCUGGGCAACAAAUACAAUCACGGUCACUAUCAUAACAGGCCGACAAAUACCCAUAUCCUUGUGUCAGCCGGAGUCGAUUUCUUUGGCCCACCCAUAAGGACAGCUGGCUUUUGUGAAAUUGUUGAGUUAACUGUUAAGGGACAACAAGAAGCU